AUGCCCCGCGCUAGCCACUCUGCCAAAGAGGCGGCAACCACGGUCGCGGCCGUCGCACAAGAAGAAGAGAUCCUCGUCUGCUUUGGAGACCUUACCAUGGAUGACGAGGAUGGUGGGAUCAACGCUGAGGACAAGAAGGUGAAGAACCCGUCGAAGGACAUCCGGGGCGACCUCCAGAACAUCAUCGAAAACGAGCUUGACUUCUCAGGCUCGUUCUCCUUCCAUAAAUCGUGGGCAGAGCGGGAGUUUCCCAACCCACUCCUAUCCAUAAACGGUUUCGGGAGCGUCGGGCUACCCCUCGGCGUACGGGACGCCCUCGCAAUCAAGGAGCAUGCUGCGCAAGCCCCGUUCGGCAAGGCCGACAAGACCAUUGUGGACAAGACGGUGCGGGACACAUGGGAGAUAGACGGGUCCAAGAUCCACUUUCGCAGUGCAGCCUGGAAGCCGUUCAUGGACACACUAGUUCGUAACAUAUGUGAGACCCUGGGAGUCAACUUUCAUGCGAGUAGACCUCGAUGCGAACUGUACAAGCUGUUGUUGUACGAAAAGGGCUCUCACGUUCUCCCAGGGCUGGAAGGACUCGAGUUGGCUCCAUCGCAACUGGAAGGGUUCCUAUUGCAACUGGGUCCUCGCAAGGUGGAUCGUGACGCGCCUGCUCAAGAAGUGGUCCAGCACCUAGAGCUCGUGUCAACAGAGCACCCUCACUACUCGUCCUACCUUUCGACACAGUCGACCAAAGCCUUCCUCGUCGCCCUCGAAUUCUGCCUCACACACACUUACCCCGACGCCGGAGCCCACAUAAUCCAGCGCCUCACCCAACCCACACCGACGACGAAACUUACCGAAAACUACGUCGAACGCACUCUGGCGCCGUUGAUUCCCGAAGUUCACGAGCUUCUCUGCAAAUACAAGCUGUCGCCCUCCGCACCCCCGUACGCCGCGCUCUUCCGCGCCUCCGCGCUCCAUUAUGCACAAACCGUGCUCGGCCCUCGUCCACGCGACCCUGCACCACAGAUUGCCGCGCUCGCGCGCUGGACGUGUACAUGUGCGCACUGUAGCACCGUGCGACGUUUCCUUGCGUCGCAGAACGCAAACCAAAGCUCAAUGCGGUUGGAGCGCAUCGGCGCACCGAACUCAUCUUUUGGACAGGUGAGCAAAGGGCCGCUGUUGGUUCAGCACGAGGAGUGGAAGGCGAAGCAACAGCAAGGCACGAGGAUCCUGGCCCAGAUCAGCGCCGAAUCGACGCAAUUGAAAGCUACUCUCGGAGAGGACUACCUCAGGAUCACCACCCUCAUGCGGGGCGACCCUGCUCCUGCAAGCACGCCCACGUCUGGGCCGUCGAAGUCUAUGGACUCGAACACGAAUACCACUAGGACACCGGCCCUCGGUGUGCAGAAGCCAGUGCCGACCAACGGACCACGAGCGCAGCCUGCGGCAGCCUCCGCGGCAAGCAGUAAGGCAUCUUUAGUUCGGAAGGCGCCGCCGACCGGUGAUACCGCUCCUCCCGCGAAGCGAAGCAAGGCGUCUCACUGUGCGCCCGCAGGAGGGUGA